CCAUUGCCUUCUACAAUAGCCCUUUCAAUGGGCGCGCACUUGUACGUACAUGUGCGCGCACCAGUGCUCUCCUCUUGUUCCAUGUCAGGUCGUUUCCUUGUCCUCCUCCUCAUUGUCUCAAUCAUCCACCUUGUCAAAGGUUCAGAUUCACAAACGCUCAUCAAGUUUAAGGAAUCCCUUAUCAAUGGCGACAAGUUAACCACCUGGAUUCCCACCAAGAGCCCAUGUGAUAAUAAUAAAAAUAAUACAGCCAAUUGGGAAGGCCUUCUUUGCACCAAUGGGUCUGUUUCGGGCAUAAAACUAGACAACAAGGCGCUGGGAGGUAACAUUGACACCGAUAUGUUAUCCGAAUUGUCAUCAUUGGUCAGCAUAAGUUUCAACAACAAUAACUUGAAGGGUGCCUUCCCUGAUUUCGGAAUGCUUGAUGGAAUACGAGAAAUCCUUUUGUCGAAUAACAAGUUUUCUAGUGAAAUUCCGGCCAAUGCUUUCAAGGGUCUGAAAUGGCUCGAGAAGAUAGAUCUAGCGAAUAACAACCUCAUCGGCCAGAUCCCUGCGUCAUUGACAACAUUGCCUAAGCUAAAAGAGUUGAUGCUCCAAGGAAAUGAAUUCGAGGGUGGAAUCCCAAACUUUGCUCCGGGAAGAUUGACUGUUGCAAAUUUCGCAAACAAUCAUUUCCGUGGCGAAAUUCCAGAAGGGCUUCAGCAUUUUCCUGCAAGCCAGUUUUCAGGUACUGAACUUUGCGGACCGCCGUUGGGAGAAUGUAAGAAGAAAACUACUUCCACCGUCAUGAUCAUCAUCAUAGCAUGGGUGGUGGCAACAGCAGUAGCAGCAAUGAUUUUUGCCGUUGCAAUAUUAUGUCGCCGCAACCACCAGGAAAUUCCAGUAAAAAUUCUAAAUAAUGGUUCAGUAGUUCUAGCAUCCUCUGGCUACUUUAGCAGGCAGGAUAAAGGCGGAACAUCAGAUCAUAACGGAAAUAAAGCAGAUCUUUCGUUAAACCUGACUUUCUUGGUAGAUGACGAGGAAAGGUUCGACCUUGCAGACUUGUUGAAGGCUUCAGCAUCGGUGCUCGGAAGUGGGAUGUUUGGAUCCAGUUAUAAGACUGCUAUCGCGGGCGGGAAAGUGAUGGUGGUGAAGAGGUUUAAGCAGAUGAAUAAUGUUGGGAAGGAAGAGUUUUAUGAGCAUAUGAAAAGGUUAAGCAGGUUGACACAUCCGAAUAUACAACCAAUUGUGGCUUUCUACUAUAAUAAAGAUGAGAAGCUUUUGGUUUCCAAUUAUGUUGACAACAUUAGUUUAGCCUUCCAUCUCCAUCGUAACCAGUCUGACGAAACUCAAAGCCCAAACUGGCCUACGCGGUUGAAGAUAGUGAAAGGGGUAGCGAGAGGGCUUCAACAUCUUUACGUUAAGCUACCAAGCCUAAUCGUGCCACAUGGUCACCUUAAGUCUUCAAACGUCCUUCUCACCAAGAACUACGAGCCACUCCUCACUGAUUACGCGUUGGUUCCAGUAACCAACCCCGAACACGCGCGUGAUCUCAUGAUGGCCUACAAGUCACCCGAGUACAAUCAACUCGGCCGCAUCUCUAAAAGGACGGACAUAUGGUGUCUAGGGAUCUUGAUUCUCGAGAUCAUGACAGGGAAGAUCCCUGUGUACACUCUCCACCAAAGCAAAGGAAACGACACUGAGAUUACGGAUUUUAUCAACUCUGUGGCCGAGCAGGAGUCUGAUAUUGACAUGUUUGAUAAGGCAAUGACGGGAUUCGAUAAGAGCAAUGAAGGGGAGAUGAUCAAGCUGUUGAAGAUUGGGUUGAGUUGCUGCGAAAAAGAUUCCAAGAAAAGGAUGGAUAUUAAACAGGUGUUGGAGCGGAUUGAAGAGGUGAAAGAAAAGGAUGGUCCAGAUGAAGACUUUCAAUCGGCGUAUAGUAGUGAACUAGACAAGCAGUCGGUGACAGGACUCUCGGAUGAUCUCAACAACUAAAACUAUACAGGUUAGUGAUUUGAUUCAUCGUUAAGAAGGUCGAAACUGUUGGAUGGUUAGGCAUGGCUUCAUCAAUCAGUAAGUGCGUUUCUACGGAUUUGAAGGACCCCAUGCCACUUCUGAUGUAUUGCCAGAAGGGUCCAUCAUCGUAUACUUCUUCGGAAUGGGGGUGUUUGAGAUUGCGUUUUGAAGAAUAUUGCAAUUUGAUAACGUGAUGAUCAGUUUGAAGCUACUCUCAAACUGAUUUUUUGAAGCUCGUACGUACUCACCCUGGAAUAAUCAUAUGCAAAUUGCUCAAUCCAUACGCUCAAAACGGACUAUUUAUGAACUGAAAACACAAAACACCGUUUGGAACACCCCCUAGGGCGAUAUCAACAAGCGACGCAAGAGUUGAGUUGGGGCAUCUCAAUCUCGAGAAGAAUGUAUAUUUCGAUAAGUGUUUCACGUUUCAUCUAGGGGAAAUCUAGAAAUAUUCUAUGUGAUUUCAGUCAAUGUAGUUUUAUUUCGCUUAGAGGUUACGGAAUCCGGUUUUGUCAAAAGAAGUUUGGGCAUGUGUUCCUCCUACGACAUUUUUAUAGGAUUUCUCUAAUGUGACUUAAAGAUCAUGAUU